AUGCAGAUGCACCGCUUCGUGCUCUGGGCGAUGCUGGAUACGCAGCGGGAGCAGGCGAUGAAUCCGUUUUACCAGACCGAAGUCGUCGGCAAGCACAAUUUGCUGGGCAUCCACGAGUCGGACCCGUUCAAUUUCCUGCUGCGGAUGGAGUGCACGGCCAAGGCGAUGGGCGAGCAGGAACAGGGACUGCGACAGCGCGUGGAGACGCUGCUCAACUCCAUAGACCACCUCGGACUACACUCAAGCUACUCGUCCACGCACUCGCUCUUCAGACUUAUUUUUCAUCCAAUGGGGAGAUUGAUUAUUGAGUACAUGGAGCGAUUUCCCACUGCUCUGGGGCUGGAUCCGAAGCGACUUUCGAUCGCUGUGAGCGCUGCUGCAGCUGCAAACCAGCAUCAUGCAGCAAAGCUGCUGCUCGAGUACGGGGCCAAACAUCACGUACCGAUUGACGCGGGUUCGUUUGCUCACACUGUCGAGUGUGCUCCUGACGACGAUAGCCGCUUGAAGGUCGCGGAUUUGUACAUGAAUGCCAAGGAGAACGAGCUCGUAUACACCACGCAGGACACGGAGAGCAGCAUCAUCAAUUACCUUUUGCUUCACGCCGUGUGGGAUGGUAACUUUAAGCAUAUGAUGGAGCUCCUACACGAAAUGCAGCUGUACAACAACAAGAUGAGCAACAGGACGAAACUGGCCGAGUGCCCAACAAUUAUGGAGCUGCUCGAAAGGUUUCCGGACGCCAUUCCACGCACGGUGCACUCGUUCUCUCAGGGAAUUCUCCAGAGCUUGUACGCUGGAGACCUGGACGUAGCGCUCGAUCUCAUGCGCGCAGCUCUGUGGGCCAAGGGUGUCAAGUUGCGACCAGAGAUUUACUCGCAGCUUCUUUAUCCUCUGCUCGCAGGAGGAAAGCGAGGAGGAGACGAAUCGAGCGGCGCCAGCGUGUUUGACCGCUUGGAGGUGGAGCGGUGCUUUGACAAGCAGUACCCGAGGCAGCGAACGUAUCUGAACUCCCUGAUCGUGAAUAUUUGCCAGACCAACGACGACCUGUCCACGAUGCUCGUGUGUUUGGAUCGCUGGCAGGGGCAAGGGCACCCGCCAAUGAGCCGGCGAGUGAUGAAGCGCGUGUUCGAGGUGAUCUCGAAGCAGAUUCAGCAGCUCCAGCAGGAGAGUGACGAGGUCACGCCCGGCACGGCUUUCAUCGUGGACGGGAUGCAGCUUUCGUACUUGGCGUUCCUGCUGCGGUAUCGCAAGAUCGUGACGUGGGACGCCUGGACAAUAGAGCGCGCCAUUGUCCGCGCCCGCACUAGCGGUCUGCAGGCGGAUGUGGUGGCGUUGCUGGCGGAGGCCGACUCGCGAAAUCUCGUGCUGAACAGCGCUGCCUACGUCGUGUCGCUUUGCGUGCUGGAAGAGGUCGGCGAGCCGUCUGCCGUUGUGGCUUACGCGGAGAGGAUGAAGGCGAGCGGCGCGUGGGAGAAGGCCGUGAGCAAGGACCCGGAGGUGCUGGAGGUCUUGAACCGCGCGUCGGCCAGACUACAGGAGGAGGAAGACGCGUCCACAACAGACUGCGAGCAGUAG